GGGACUGGCAGGAACCGGAGCAGCACUGCCGCCUCUGGCGCGAAGGCUCUGGCGCCUCCUCCCGCCGCAUCACUGUGGCUCUGUGCGCGCUGCCGGCCGCUGCUCUCUCCAGCCUCUGAAGAAGAAAGCCCCUGAGCCACUGUCGCUUGAACCAUGGCUUCGGGCCGAAGGGGUUGGGACAGCUCCCACGAGGACGACCUGCCUGUGUACUUGGCCCGGCCGGGCACCACAGAUCAGGUCCCACGGCAGAAGUACGGUGGCAUGUUCUGCAACGUGGAGGGCGCCUUCGAGAGCAAGACGUUGGAUUUCGAUGCCUUGAGUGUGGGACAGCGCGGCGCCAAGACUCCCCGGAGCAGUCAGGGCAGCGGCCGCGGCGCGGGGAACCGGCCCGGGGUGGAAGGGGACGCGCGCAGGGGUCUGGGCCGGGAGGAGAGCAGGGAGCCCGCGCCUGAGUCGCCCAAGCCCGCCGGGGUAGAGAUCCGGAGCGCCACCGGCAAGGAAGUCUUGCAGAACCUCGGUCCCAAGGACAAGAGUGACCGUCUUCUAAUCAAGGGAGGGAGAAUCGUCAACGAUGAUCAGUCCUUUUAUGCUGAUAUUUACAUGGAGGAUGGCUUAAUAAAGCAAAUUGGAGACAAUCUGAUUGUCCCAGGAGGUGUGAAGACCAUCGAGGCCAAUGGGAAGAUGGUGAUCCCUGGAGGCAUUGAUGUCCAUACCCACUUUCAGAUGCCUUACAAGGGAAUGACCACAGUGGACGAUUUCUUCCAAGGGACAAAGGCUGCCUUAGCGGGAGGCACCACCAUGAUCAUUGACCACGUGGUACCUGAACCUGAGUCUAGCCUGACAGAGGCCUAUGAAAAGUGGCGUGAGUGGGCGGAUGGGAAGAGCUGCUGUGACUAUGCUUUGCACGUGGACAUCACCCACUGGAAUGACAGCGUCAAGCAGGAGGUGCAGAACCUCAGCAAGGAAAAAGGUGUUAACUCCUUCAUGGUUUACAUGGCCUACAAGGAUUUAUAUCAAGUGUCCAACACAGAGCUCUAUGAGAUCUUCACCUGCCUGGGAGAGCUGGGGGCCAUCGCUCAAGUUCAUGCCGAGAAUGGAGAUAUCAUUGCCCAGGAGCAGGCACGUAUGCUGGAAAUGGGAAUAACCGGCCCAGAAGGCCAUGUUCUGAGCAGACCAGAAGAGCUGGAAGCUGAAGCUGUGUUCCGUGCCAUCACCGUCGCCAGCCAGACCAACUGCCCCCUCUAUGUCACCAAGGUCAUGAGCAAGAGUGCGGCUGAUCUCAUCUCACAAGCCAGGAAGAAAGGAAAUGUGGUCUUUGGCGAGCCCAUCACUGCCAGUCUGGGAAUAGAUGGAACUCAUUACUGGAGUAAGAACUGGGCCAAGGCAGCUGCAUUUGUGACAUCCCCACCUCUGAGCCCUGACCCAACCACACCUGACUACAUCAACUCCUUGCUGGCCAGCGGGGAUCUGCAGCUCUCUGGAAGUGCCCACUGUACCUUUAGCACUGCCCAGAAAGCCAUUGGGAAGGACAAUUUCACAGCCAUCCCUGAGGGCACCAAUGGCGUGGAAGAGCGUAUGUCUGUCAUCUGGGACAAAGCUGUGGCCACAGGGAAGAUGGAUGAAAACCAGUUUGUGGCUGUGACAAGCACCAAUGCUGCCAAGAUAUUCAACCUGUACCCUCGCAAGGGGAGAAUAGCUGUGGGCUCUGACAGCGACCUUGUCAUCUGGGAUCCAGAUGCCGUGAAGAUCGUCUCUGCCAAGAACCACCAGUCGGUUGCUGAAUACAACAUCUUUGAAGGGAUGGAGCUGCGUGGGGCACCUCUGGUGGUUAUCUGCCAGGGCAAGAUCAUGCUGGAAGAUGGCAACCUGCACGUGACCCAGGGGGCUGGCCGCUUCAUUCCCUGCACCCCAUUCUCUGACUAUGUCUAUAAGCGCAUUAAAGCAAGGAGGAAGAUGGCAGACCUGCAUGCAGUCCCAAGAGGCAUGUAUGAUGGACCAGUGUUUGACUUGACCACCACCCCCAAGGGGGGCACCCCAGCUGGUUCUACUCGGGGCUCUCCCACUCGGCCAAACCCACCAGUGAGGAACCUCCAUCAGUCGGGAUUUAGCCUGUCAGGCACCCAAGUGGAUGAGGGCGUCCGUUCAGCCAGCAAACGCAUUGUGGCGCCCCCUGGAGGCCGUUCUAACAUCACAUCCCUGAGUUAAGCAAGCCCUCCCAAAGAGGGAGGCAGAAGCAAGAAGAAAAAGAAAAACAAAAAAUUGAAGCCAAAAUGGUACACCGGUAUUUAAGAAGGAACGUGAAUCCAAACAGUUGAGAUCUAAAGAAUCACUAAGCCUCAAGCCUUAUGUUCCCAAAUGUUAUGCUCGCUUGCCUAGUUUUACGAAUUGCUUUGAUUUCUGUUUAUGCAUAUUCUCGAUUUCUUUGACCCCACCCCCACCCCCACUUACAUGCAUGCGAUCAGACUGGCCACUAAGGUAGAUUCUGCGUAUUAUAGUGUUGAGAGCAUAUGUAGCACUGCAUCUUAUGACAAAGGGACAGACAAAGCUGGGAUGUCCAGAAAAUGAAUGAAGGCAUGAAGGGUCUUUUGGAUGAUUGGGUGGUGAGAGCCCAGAACAAGAUGGAGGGCACAAAGGGGCUGAGGUAGGACGUGAACUAGGGAGAUGGGUAGGCAGGGUGAGAAGAAGGACAUUGUGUGUUGUAUUAUGAUGUGUGUUAAUGUCCAUGGAAGAUGGCCACAUAAGGCAGUGGAUGCUCUAUCACGUUUCCCUGGGAUCUGCAGAGAAGGCAGGAGUUCUUUGGGUUCUGGACUUUGUCAUAUCCUUUCCUAGUAGAUCUUGUUUCUUUUAUCAUGUAUUGAAUGACAGAAUCUAGAUAUUUCUUCCACUUGUUGAAUAAUGCCAGUGUUUGCUUGGGCCUCUUUCUCCUGUUGCUUUCAAGUCUUCUGUUCCAAAGGACAAAUGGACAGCUCUCUUCCUCUUCAGCCUCUUCGGGGCUCUUCAAAGGCUGCCAUAGAGAGUGCAGCCCCAGUUCUACUUAGGGGAGGAAGGUAAAGCUUAGACAGCCUUGCCCUCAUCCCUGGGGAGUCACCCACCCCCGUCUGCAAGCAGAGAGGAGGCACGUGCUCCUGCCUGCUGAGUUAGAGACCAUGGCUAAGAUAGAGUCAAGGGCUUCCUUUGCUCAUGGUGAAUGUCUAAUCUCUUCAUCUCAGACCCAAGCACAUUCGUGAUGUUAUUUCUUCUUGGAGAACUGACUUUCUCAGUUGUUCCUAAACUUUACUCCCAGUAGUAGUCUCCGAUUCUGUGGGAGUACAGCAGAGAUUUAGGGAAGCCAGCCUUGAUUAGCAGGAGCAUACUGGAUGAUCAUGUUUUCAAUUCCAAGCCAAUUGUGUCCUCAUCUGUUAGCAGAUCCCCAGGGCAGGGAUAUCACUUUUUAAUUAGUACUAACUCUCCAGGGUGAUAUGUAUGAAGCAAUAUGAUGUAGCUUUCUUGGUAUGCAGCCCAUGAGGGUAGUGGGCAGCAAUGUUAGCAUCCCCCCUUGUCUGUCAGAGUUAGAUGUCCACAUUCCUAUCACACCAUUUCCAAAAUCAAUCGUGAACCAGAUUCUGUGAGCAAGGGGUUUGUAGAAGCCAAGAUACUCACUCUCCUGCAAGAAAUAUGGUAGCAAACAUGGCUCAGACUUGUGUGCUCUAGGGGCCCACUUGGUGAGAAAUAUCACACUGCGCAUUAAGUACUCUGAAGAACAGAGCAGGCCUCGUACACCUUCUAAGUACUUACGAGAAACCGCCAUCUCUGCCUGCGGGUGUUGUUUGUUUUUGCUGUUUUUUUUUUUUUUUUGAGGUGGGGGAGUUUUGUUUGUUUCAUUGUGUGGAGCUGGACAAUUGAGUCCAGGGCCUCUCAAUUGCUAGGCAAAACUCUGCCACUGUGCUUCACCUUUGCCCCCAGCCCUGACUGUUGGCUGUAAUAAAACUAAGAUCUAGAGAAAUAUGAACAGUUUGGAUAUGUAAGGAUUUGGAAAUUGCAGAGGAAGGAGAUUUCCCUGAGAAAGCUAGCUUCUGUUCUAAUAGAAAAGGCUCUUUCACCUCGUAAUAGGAAUCUUGCUACUUUAAAGCUCUCAUGGUGCUUUCAUUUUAAAGGAGACUUUAGCAGGAAAAGAGGGGAAUGAAAUUUUGAAUUACAAUUCAAAUUUGGGGAUAUAUCCAGGAAAACAGAAGGACUUUUAUAGGCAAAGGGAGUUUGCCAGAUCUGAAGCAUAUAUACUAAAUACCUCAAUAGCCAGGCUUGGCAGCAGCAUAGGCUGUAGUACCAUCUGUGGCCACCAGACGGAGGAAGAGACAUGUAAAUGAACUGUAAUUUUAGGCCUCCACAACUGUGUGGUUUCCCAUGCCUGAGGACCCUCCAGGGUCUCUCUGGUCAUGAAAAAUAAACUCCUUUGGGUCUGCACUGCACUUGGCACUUCCAAAGUGUGCCACUGUGCUGAAACCUUACGUUCCUCUCAAGCGUUCCCUGUGCAAGGAGCAGCUUCUUGAAGUCUUCAAGGGGAGCAGGCACCAUCUCAGGAUGUUCUUCAUUCACUAUUAGUAGUGCCCAAGCAUAGUAAAUCCUGGGGAUUCCUUGGCAGCUCCCCAACUGUUUUCUUAACAUGAGAAUUUUUCUAAGCAGCAUGUUACUUGAGUUACAAGUUUAAAUGCAAAUUGGUUCUGCCUCAUAGACAGAUAGCCCCUUCCGAGGGUGGGAGAGCAUGCUGGGUACUAUCUUCUCUCAUUGUCAUUGGGGCUUUCCACCAAGCCCCCUCUAAGAAUACCCUGCAGUCUCCAAACCUCCAAGUUAUUUCUGAGCCCCCAGUGGCAAUCUGUUGACCUUCGUUCUGAAAGGGCCAUAGGCUUGAGUGGUUGAAGGUUUCUCUGGAGCAAUUAAAUCAGCUUCCCCAGUGGAGAAAUUUGUUGCUUCCACCAUUUUUGGUUUUUAUUUUUUUAAACUAAUAGGAUUAUAGUCAUCUUCCAAAAUUGCCUUUCUCUAACUUCAAAGUCCACUGGUUCUUUGGGUCAUUUCUUUAUCAUGAUAGGCAGAGGUCUAUCUCCCAAGGCCUGAAUCCUAACUCUGGUCUCCAUUCUGUUCAUUCUGCUAAAUCCCUUCCAAGAGGUAAGUGCUUCUCAACUUUGCUUCUUGCCCCAAGCCUCCCAGAUCUUCUCCCUUAGACAGCCCCAGCUUGAGUCCUGAUGCAGUCAUGUGCUGGCCCAGGUAGCUAGCAUUCCUUAUAAUUCCUCUUUGAGACAUGGUGUGUGGGUGUUCAUUUCUGUGUCUGGUGGCUAUGGACAGACAGUGAGUCUCCCUGUGAUCUGUGCUAGCUGUGAGGCAGCUCGGAUAUUGAAGAGCUGUUUGGUUUGAACCGUGAAGAAAACUGUGUAUUGAGUUAGCUGAGAUUAAAGAAACAAACAAACAAAAAAAGUUCAUCAAGUGACUGUUAAUGUAAACCUGGUUAUUAAAAUAAUUAUAAAAUUACCAUCA